UCGAUGGCGAAGCCCCGCCCUGAACCUAUAAAAGGUGGCGACUGAACCACGUGACCCCUCUUCUGACUCCAGCAGCCAUAAUGGAAGCUAGCCGCGUGCAGCCCAUCAAGCUCGCCCGGGUAAUUGCCGCAUGUUCCAUAGUUACUGUGUGUCGGGUGUCAUGGGGCCCGGGUAGCGGUAGCGGGAUGGGGUCGGGAGGGGACAGGGAUCUCUUAUUGUGACCCUAGGGGGAGAGAUCUGGGUUUAAAUGUGUGCAAUAGACAUGAUGCAUGGACCCUGGGCCUUGGCUCUGGCUCUCCCAUCAGAUUAGAUUCACUUUGUUUCAGGGGGUAACAUGUUUGAGCCCGGGGGGGCCUCUCACAGUGAUCCCCUGACUGUACCCCACUCUAGCACUAUGUAUCAAACUGAACAAUAAAGCUUCACUGCCAUGCAGGCUUGCAGCAUCUCACCCCAGGCCUCCUCUAUUCCAGGAACUAGGAUAGCACAGGCAGUCUGUAUAGAAAUGGUUGAAUAUAGACCUGGAAUAUCAGGGUUAUUCACUAAAUGAGGAUUCAAAGUGGAUUUUAAAUUUAAGGUAAAAAGAGCCGAAAUGGGAACAUUCUCUAAGCCAACUAUGCUUUUGGCCUUAAGUCUAAAAUUCACUUUGUAUUCUCACUUCAGUGGUUCAGCCUCCAAGUAAUCACACAUUCUUUAGAGAAGUUUUAAACUGUUAAUGUUGGCUGUUGUUAAUUGGUUUUAUUACUUUUGGGAAAACCUUUUUUUUUUUUUUUUUUACCCCUGCUAAGCUGAAAUUCUCCCAAACACAACAUACACUAGGCCUCACUCCAAAGUGAGCUUGCAAUCUUCCACGCAACUUGUAACAUUAAAAUCAAUAGCACAAAAUUAUAGCACAAAGUACCAUCUUAUAUGGUGCAUUUUAUCUACUCCAUGAGUGGAGGAGUAUUGAUACACGGUAGUUCCGUACAUCUUCACAUUUUAUUAAUCCAAGGCGAUACAAAAUGUUAUAGUACUUAAAGGGUUACUCCAGGCACCAGAACCACUUAAUCUAAAUGAAGUUGUUAUAGUGCCCGGAGGCUCCAAGAGACACUUACCUCAAGGAGGUAAACUGUUCUCGGAACAGUUUCUCCAAUGAUUUUCAGAGGCCAAAUGCCGCCUCUGGUGGAGUGGAUGUUGUCGCUGGAGGCAAUUACCUUGAGGUAAGCGUGCCUCUGGGGCCCUCUUAGCACUGUAACACCUUAAUUUAGAUUACGUUGUUUUGUUACCUGGAAUGACCAGUUAACUUUUAUUUCUAUUUAUAUAUGCUAUAAGCUCCUGUUACUCAAAUCAUAUGUCAGAAAACAUUCCUACUAACUGUUCUAGCACAUGCAUGGCAUGUCUCUUCUGUUUCUCAGAAUGCAGUUCAGUUGCGGCUUUCUAAACUCAAAUGCAGCUCUGGCUAAGUUGCCGACUGCUUGAGCUGCACUUUCAUUUUUAUUGUAGAAUGAAUGGAACUACCUGGUGCCGAACUGCACAUCCCAUAACCUCAGUUUUUCAUGCGUUUAUGGGAUGGUUAGGACCCACUGAUAUGUCAACUACUCCCUAGUUCGGACAGAUCUCACUGCAAAUCCCAUGACAACAUAACUUCAUACCUAAUUAAAUUUCUGUUAUUGGUCAGCAGGUGUGUUGUGCACAAACAGUUCUACAAACAUAUAAUCAUGAAUAUUUAUCUUUUCAGGUUACCAAAGUCCUGGGAAGAACAGGAUCUCAAGGACAGUGUACCCAGGUGAUGAUCCAUUUUGACUUAUUAAUCAUAGAGGAGUAAUUACAGUACUUAACGACUCUUUUUAUAGUAACUUUAAAAUCCUUAAGUAGACUUUUUUUUUUUUUACCCAAUGCUAAAACUUAAAAGCUUAAUUUUCAUUCCCUUGCAUUAUUACUGAUAUACCAGAGGUUUCAAGACAUGCGUAACUUAAAGUAGGGAAUAGUCAGAUUAACGUGAGAAAGGUAGACUUCUCCUUCAAGGUGCAGCCGUCAGCAAAUGUCCGGCGUUGCACAAAAUCGAUAUUGCUAAUGCAGAAGUAUGUUUUCCUGGCUCUAUAGUGGUCCUUUAAGCAUACUUGAUUUUUGCACCUAGGUGUUUUAUUUUUGUAUUUAUGUUUUCUCUUCGUAGUCACAUAUCUGAUCUCCGGGUAAUCUGUGUGAAUUGUAUCCCCAGGUUCGUGUAGAAUUCAUGGAUGACAGCAACCGCUCAAUCAUUAGAAAUGUAAAGGGGCCUGUCCGAGAGGGAGAUGUACUCACACUUUUGGAAUCUGAGCGUGAAGCUAGGAGAUUACGCUAACGUGACUGGUAAUGACAAUCUUGGUUUGUUGGUUAAUUUACAAAUUCAGUUAUGUGACUUUAGCACACAGUCUCACAAAGAGGAGUCUUUAAUUCUGAAUGUCAUAUAAAGAAAAUGAACAAACAUUUCAUACUUCUUACAGCCAAGAACAUAAUUCUUACAGCCAAGACCUAGCAGAAUGAGUUCUGUUAGUCUCUUAAAACAGAUGCUCUAAGAUCCCAAACCCCACUGCAUUAUAUAACUCCUUAAGCUUAAGGACUAACGCAGUUGUACAAAGUUUAAACAAAAACAAUACCUAGAAUGUGUGCUAUGUUACAAUAUCAUUUAAGGGUUCUCUUUAUAUGCACUCCUACAUAUUUUCUAUUUUUGUAAAGGACUGAAAUGGCUUUUCUUUGAUGUCCUAUAUGUAUACCCAACACAUUAACAAAAAUCUGUUUUUUGUGCAACAAAGGAACUGUAAACCUAUAUCUUUACAAGAAAUGGGUAUGGGGGCUGUAUGUCACAUGCUGGGGAUGCAUAAAUAGAUUUAACACAUGAUAGCUGAUUUAGCAGUUGGACUGAAGGGACAUUCUCUAUACACCAAAACUCCAUUAAGCUAAAGCUGUAUUAAUGCUUAUAGUUUCACUUUAAAGGUUUUUUCACCCAUCUGUCUCUUUAGAUGUUAGUCUGUUUUUCCUAAAAUAUAGAGCUCAAUCUGCAUGCAAAGUUUAAAUUAAUAAUCUCAUACAUUUUUAUAUAUAAUCUUAUUUCUGCAUGUGUUUUUAAAAAAAAAAUUGUGUUGAUCACUUCUCAAAUCUUUGUAAAAUAAUCCAUUAAAGCAGGCAUCUCAAACUCUGGGGCAGUCAAAUGUUAAUAGCCUACAUUUCCCAUAAUUCUUUGACUGCAAUAAAUUGCAUCAUGGGAGUUGUAGUUCAGUAAAGUCUGUGGGGCAGUCUUUGAAAUUAGUGCAUUAAAAGGACGCUCUAAGCACCACAAUAACUAUAGUGCAUUGUGCCACUCAAUAAUCUUGUCAACUUCAACCAAAAUUGAUAUUACUAAAGCAGAAUAAAAACAUCUGCUUUUUAUAUCUAGUGACUGCCAGCGCCCUGGGAAACAGAGUGCGAGACUGUUCUCUCAAAAAUGACCUAACGUGGAAUGGUGCAGUGUGCUGUAGAGGCUGUGGUUCAUAAUGUCCCUUUAUUGUCUUUCAAGAUGUGAAAAAUAGAUUAUAUUGUAAAGUUGAUUUUUUUAUUUCUUUUCUGCUUCAGAUUUUGCUGUGCUUACAAAGGAUGGGUUUUGGACAGACUGGAGAUACCCAAGGGACAACAUCUUGAUUCUCUGACUGUAAAAUAAAAACUUUAAACUGUUUCCUCUUGGUUAUGUAUUUUUGA